UGCCUUUCAAUGUCACCCAUCAGUGCUGCCAAUCAGUGCCACCUAUCAGUGCCAUCAGUGCCGCCUAUCAGUGCCAAUCAGCGCCGCCUAUCAGGGCCCAUCACUGCAGCCUCAUUAGCGCACAUCAGUGAAGGAGAAAAUUAUUUACAAAAUUGUAUAACAAAAACUAAGAAAAAAAAAAGUUUUUUUUCUUCAAACUUUUCAGUGGUUUUUGGUUUAAGAAAAAAUUAAAAUCCCAGAGGUGAUUAA